AUGGCUUUAAUUGACGGCACCACCAUAUCCCCCAAGUUCUCUUCUUUCUCGAUUUUACAGACAGAAUACAAAAAGGUGCACGACCAUGGCAUCCGCGCUGACCUCCUAAUUCCGAAAUCUAUUACUGCCGAAGGAAAACGGCCUGUCAUUGUCCAGUUCCAUGGAGGUGGUUUGGUUUUUGGAGACUCCCUCUACAGUGAUUGGUUUCCCACAUGGAUUAUCGAGCUAGCCGAAAAACAUUCAGCAAUCAUUGUUUCAGCAAACUAUCGCAUGUUGCCCGAGUCAUCCGGAGUCGAGAUUCUCGCAGAUGUCGACGACUUUUGGCAAUGGCUACGGACAGGCCAGGCCGACUCGCUCCUUUCGUCCUUGCCAACACCUCUCAGUUUAGACGUUGACAGGGUUAUAUCUACUGGGGAGUCGGCAGGGGGCUUCCUCAGCGUAUAUCUUAGCUUAACAUUCCCCGACGAAAUACGGGCGGCGGUUGCACAGUACCCGAUGUUUAACCAAGAGGCCCCUCCUAAAGACCCUUCUUCGAGCGAUGAUUCAGCUCCGACAGGCGGACCUCCAAAAGAGGUUGUUCCAAACCACCUGGCCAAGAUGAAUACAGGUGACAUUGUGUCAAGCGAUACCAGUAACUCGCGUCUCAUCCUCGGCAUUGCUACUGUGGCACAUGGUAACGUCGUGGAGUUCAUAGAGAGGGAUUCUGAUGCUUCGCCGAUUCAUCGGGAUCGUCUGUCUCAAAUUGGUCGACUUGAUAACAAAGAUACCCAUCUUCCGCGAGGAGGACUGGUUGUGCUUCACGGCAGAGAAGAUCCGGUCGUACCGUCAAGUCUGAGUGAGCGCUUUGUACGCGUCGCACGGGAGAAACUUCAUGGUCGACAAGGCGCGGAUAAUAUUGUUUUGAGUAUUCAGGCGGGGCAGCAUGGCUUUGAUAACCCGGUGCAUCUGGAGGAGGGGUGGUUGCAGGAGGCUCUGCAAAAGGCCGUGUCGAUAUGGUUAGAGUGA